AUGUCGAGUAGUGAUAGCGAUACGUCAUCCUCGAGUUCGGGAACACCAAUCGAGGACUUAGGGCAGUCGAUAAUACCUAUGACCGUCCCCAUAAGUGCAAAUCCUCGAGCCCAGGAUAUCCCGACCCCACUAGUGUACCCCGACCACCCUUGUAGGUUUAAGGAGCACUUAGCCGUGGCGACUGCUAGGGAAUUCGGCCUGAUGCCGAACUGUGAUAUUAGGUCUCCGGGUAAUGAGGAUAGGGUAGCUAUUGCUCGGGAGGGAGAGUUCGUCAUUUUCAAGGAUUCUCUAAAGGGGGGAUUUAGGUGGCCAUUGCACCCCUUUUUCCUCGCGCUCUUGACCAAGCAUAACAUGAGCCCGGGGCAGUUAGUGCCGAACGGGUGGAGGAUGUUGACAUACUUCUUUAUAGCUUGUAGAUACCUCGGGAUUAUCCCAUAUGUCGACUUAUGUAGGAUGGUCUUCGACCUAAAACAACUCUCCCAAUACUCUUGUUUUGCUUACCUCUCAACUCGAGGAGGGUUUAGAAUCCCGAGGAUGCCUAGUUCCUUGAAGGGGUGGAAGGAUAAGUGGUUCUAUGCUAUACCUCAAGAUCCCGACGUUCCCUUUAGUCCUCGGUGGGGGGUUCCUGAUACUGCUAGGUUUUGUGGGGGUCAGGCAUACUUUGAAUCGUUGGAGAGGCAUAGGCAAAUGCUAGAGGAGCUCGAGCCCCUCGUUUAUGGCUUGGAUGAUAUCCUCGAGCUUGCAAACAUGAAAGGAAUCGAGGAGAUGACGUUUGAUCCAAGUGCCCUUCGUCAGGCAGUGAACAAGAAGUCCAAGGCUCCCCAGGCUCGGGCUCCCGGCCAGAGGAGGGGCCAAAAGAGACCUCGGGAUUCGAGGCAGGAAAGGCAGACCAGUGGGCCUGGGGAAUCUUCAAGGCCCCGAAGAUCGUCUCCGGGAAUAGUGAGGACGGGAUCUCAGCAGCAGGAUCAUCAUGGGACUCCUCGGGAGUCUGUUCCUCGGGGACCUGUUGAUGUGGUCGACCUCGAGGAUGGGAGCCUGCCACCGGGGCCUGCUAAUCCCGAGGGAUGCUCUCGGUGCCACUCAGUGCUCAGCAUCGUCGACAAAUACCGGGCAGAUGUCGACUUAAGCAAUGGCUUGAGGGCUCUCGAGGCUAUGGCCUUGAAGACACUGGGAAUAGCUCGGGGCCUUUCCUUGAAGGAAAGGGAUGAGUCUUCAAGAAUGGCCGACCUCGAGGGUGCCGUUUCUGCUCAGGAUCUGAGGAUCGCCGACCUGGAGGAAGAGCGAGCUCAGCUACUGAGGGAGCGCGAGCGUAUGCAAAAUGAUCUACGCAGUGCUCAGGGUGAGACAGGUGCUGCGAAGGCUGAGGCUGAGCACUUCAAGCUCGAGCUCGAUCAGCUUAAAAAAGAUUUUGAUGAGAAGCUGGCCAGUGCUCGGGAGGAAGCGAUCGAGGACUUCAAGAAGUCUGAUGCCUUCAACGAGUUAAAGGGCGACUAUGCUAUGGGCUCUUACUUUCAUGCUCUGAAGGAAGCUCGAGCUUUCAUGCGCCUGAGGCCAGAUGCUCGCCAUGAGGAUCUGAAGUCAAUCCCCGAGGUGGCUGAUGAUCUUCAUCUUUCAGAGUCUGAAGAGAACGCUGGGGAUGAAGACGUCGAUAUCGAGGGUGAUGACGUCGUCGAGGAAGGCCAAGGCAGUCAGGAUACCGACGCCUGA